AUGGAAAGCAGAAACACCGUGCUUCCCUCCUUACCGUCUAUUAUUGCAGGUGAUUCUGGCUCGCCUUUCCAACAGCAUGCUCUACCGAACACAAAUUUCCCCAGUGAUGAACAAGGUGUCAUCAGGCUCCCACCUUUGACGGCGACUGCGCAUCUCGCAAGACCGAUCUUAAGCACUUACAAAAGUCCAUGUGAUGAGGAAGGGCCAAAAAGUAAGGUUUCACACGUCACGUCGAUGACGCCUUUGUCCAAGCCCAAGAAGCUGGGCUCUCAUUUGCCUUUUACACCAACAGUCAGGGUCUCUUCCAAAGAGCAGUCGACUCAAAGUGCGCACUCCUAUAAAAAAGUCAAUAUUCUUACGCCUUUAUCUGCUGCUAAAGCCAUCCUGACACCACCUGCCAAACAUGAGAAGAAAAGAUCAUUUGCAUUUAUUACGCAUUCACAGGAGACUUUCCCUAAGAAGGAACCUAAAAUAGACAAUGCUCGGUUAGCUCGUCGUAAAAGAAGAAGAACAUCGUCAUAUGAGCUUGGGAUUUUGCAAACUGCGUUUGAUGAAUGUCCCACACCUAACAAAGCUAAAAGGAUAGAGUUAUCCGAACAAUGUAAUAUGUCUGAAAAAUCGGUUCAGAUAUGGUUUCAGAACAAAAGGCAGGCUGCUAAAAAGCACAAGAAUAACAAUGGGAACACAAGCCAUUGCAAACUUCAUUCUAGUAAUGAUUCGAUUUCCAUGAUAUCUUAUUCAGAUGCUGCACUGGAAAUUAACUCUACACCAGCAAGUUCUGAAAAGGCUAUUGCUGCGGAGUUGUUAAAGAAUUCGCCUUCCGAUACAUCCUCGAUUUACGAAGACCAUCAUAUAACCCCUUGUAAGUCUGGCGGACAACUUAGGUUCAAUGGAAAAUCUAUGGUUGUUAGAAGGGCAUUAUCAAAUAGUGGUCAUAACGAACUAAUGAAAAGUCCUAAAACCAAAGAAAACCGGUUAAGAUUCAAUGCAUAUGAAAGGAAACCCCUAGGAGAAAUUGAUCUCAAUUCCUUUAAAAACUAA